AUGGCUACCCCAUCUAAUAAAGUCCCAAAUGGUCCAGCGACUCCAGUGUACAUUCUUCGGGGCCAUGGGGCGCCAAUACACGCCCUGGAUAUCUUCUCACAAAACCUGCGGCUCGUCUCCGGAGACGCUAACGGCUGGAUUGUUAUCUGGGAUUUGGUUAGCAAACGGCCCGUAACGGUAUGGAAGGCACACGAGGGCGCAGUGCUUGAAGUGAAAGGAUACAAUUAUGGCGUCAAAGGCACAGAAAUCUACACACAUGGCCGCGAUCACAAGCUAUGCGUUUGGAAGAUUCGAGCAGAGGACGAAGAUUUCCUCGACAAGACCCUUCCAGUUGAUGCAGCUGAAGCGGAUCCUGCGAAAAAAGGAGCUCAACCGUGGUUGCUCCAUUCUUUACCUGUCAAUGCGCUGAAUUUCUGCGCAUUUUCCAUGACUUACAUCCACACUGUGGAUCCCUCAUCUUCAGAACAUGUUCAAACAGGAGAACCAUCUACUCUAAGAAACAUUCUCUUCGCGGUUCCGAAUGCGCUUGACUCUGGUGGAAUCGACAUCUUCCACCUCCCAUCCGAGCUCCGUCUCAGCACCAUCCCGUCUGACCCCGCUGUUAAAACAGGCAUGGUGAUGGCUGUCAAUAUUUUCGUCGCUUCAUCGGGCGAUAUUUAUGUCGCGUCUGCCUACGAAGAUGGCCAUGUCAUGGUCCACGUUCAUAAGGGACCCCUCACCGGGAGAAAUUUUGAGCGUGAGAAUAUUGUCUCGGAUCCGUGGAAGUGGGAGAGACUCUAUGCCAGUCGUCCGCAUAGCCAACCCGUUCUGUCGAUUGAUGUCUCUCCUAAACGCGAUUGUUUUAUCUCUUCCUCUGCAGAUGCUUUGGUCAUUAAGCACCCUGUUCCAGGGCCUGGGACAGUUGGGGAUGUCCCUAUUAUCAACUAUAAGGAGGAGUCACCACUGAAAACGAUGAAUACAAAGCAUUCGGGUCAGCAGGGGUUAAGGAUACGCAGUGAUGGGAAGAUCUUUGCAACUGCUGGCUGGGACAGCAGGGUGAGAGUCUAUUCGGGCACCACAUUGAAGGAGCUUGCUGUUCUUAGGUGGCAUAAAGAUGGUUGCUACUCGGUCGCAUUUGGGGAAGUGCAUCCUGUAUUACAACAAGCAUGUCCAGCUAAGGCCGAGGGUACUGAAAUGCGAGAAAAGGCCAAAGAGAAUCAAGGGCAUUUGGUGCAGGGAACUAAUUUGUCGCUUGCAGCUAUUCAGAACCAAAGAAGCACGAAGAUACAACAGACACAUUGGUUGGCAGCUGGGUCCAAGGAUGGAAAGAUUUCAUUAUGGGAUAUAUACUGA